GAUUCCUUCUCCGUCUCGGUGUUGUCGUUGCACGGCCAAUGGCGGAUGGAGCCUGAGCAUUUGUUCUGGAAAACGUACGUUUUGCACAAAUAUACUCGAGACUCUCGAGUAUCGAUCGGCAGGUCAAAGCUUUCAGAUCGCACGUGUGUCUUUGGCCCUGACCAGAUCUGCGCCCGUCAGCAUGGAUGUGAAUCUGACCAUCUCUCUGAUGCGGGGCCAGAUGGGCGCUGUUAUUGAGAAAGCCGUGAACGUCGCGGUGGAGACCGUGUUAGGAGAGAUGAUCCGGGUGGUCGGGCUCAAGUUCGAGGAGAUAAAACGUGACAUGACCGCUAAAGAGAAGGAGAACGAAAACAUCAGGAGGAUGUUGGAGGCGUCCCGCUGUCAGAUGAAAACCAUGCGCAAGUACAUCAGCGUCCUGUCUGCUAAAGACCCUAACCACAGACUGUAUCAGGGAGAGGGAGACAUGGCUACAACAUCCACAGGGGUGCACUGCAGAAGAAGACCGACGAGCACUGUGCCGGUGUGUGCCAAAACCCCAGACCCCUGUCCCAGACCUAGAGUCUCUGAGCCCGCCCCCGUGGCUGGACCCUCAUGGGUGAGACAGCAGAUGCACAUUUCCAAAGAAACAGUAAGAAGUGAGAAUCACAAUGCUGAUGUCCAUAUUGAAGAUAUCCAUGGAUCAUCAGUUCAUAAAGUUAAGAUCUCAAGCCCUCGUCUGGUGGACAGUCAGGCGCUUCUGUCUGAGAUUAGUGAUCCAGUAUGGGGUCAAAACCCUCUGGCCUCUGCAGAGACUGGGCACACAGACAUGCCGGACAGCAGCGUCCUCUCUGCACCCAUGAUGGCAGAUGAAAGUGUGUCAUCCCAAACUACAAGCACAGUGGCAUUUGGAGCACCUUCACUUAAAAUCAAACGGGAGGAAGCGGAAGUUGAAAUAGUCUGUGUGAAGGAUGAACACGCAGAAGCUGGCAGCAUCCCUAGAUUAGAAUAUUCUGACCCAGAACUUCACCAGGAAGUGGGAGAACCAGACCUCGGGGUCUCACUAGAUCUACCCGCUUCAUUUCAAGCUCUUCAGAGUCCAGGCACUGCAGCUGACAUUGCAAUCCCAGAAUUCAUGAGUGUGGACCCAACUACCUAUGUUGACGCUCAGCUGUCUGUGGCAGGGGUCCAAAAGCAGGUGCGUCUGAGAUGCAAGGACCUGCAUCUGUAUGAAGAAUACAAACUCAGCCGGACUCUGAGAGGCCAUAAGACAAACCGAGGCCAUAGUACAAACCGACGGCGCGAGCUGGAUCAGACUCUACCGCAGGCUCUACUUGCAGACUUGGUAAGGGAACGAAGGGAAAAGACUCGUCUUCGAGUGGCCCGCUGGCGUGCCAAACGCAAAUUACAAGCCUGUCUGAUGGCCUCGCCGGCUGCGCAGUUAAGCGGAGCUUCUGUGCAGAGUUCACCUGCCCAGCGUGGAGGCCUGAUCUCCACCCGCAGGCGAGGCGGAGUGACCAUGCCACGCAGUGGGCUUGGAUUGAGAAGGGGGCUGUCAGAGACUGGCUCAUAUAACCUGCUGCUGCAGCUGGGGCCUAGUCCUACUCAAUCAGCAGCGGCACACUCCAUCAAUGAGGGUCUGAUGUCAUCUGGCUCCUCAGCGCUAUCACACCACAGAACCACUGAACCGAGAGCAACUUACCAAUAAUGCAGCGUUUACUUCCUGGUGGAAAGUAAUUGCGGUCAUCUCAAUGGUUAACAAAGUAACAUUUUACGAAGAGAGGCACUUUUUUCCCUAAUACUAUAAAACUUAAAAAAAAAAACUUCAAAAAAAAAACACUGAUCUGUGCAAAACCCCAAUCUGACAAAAUUUGGACUAUUCAAAAACAAAAUUUACUUUGCAAAGUGAAUCCAAAUUGAGUAGAAUAAAACUGGUUAUUUAGUAACAUUCAAAAACUCAAAACUCAACAUUCUAAAUUUAUCUGAGCUUAAUAACAAACAAACAAAAAAAAGAAAUUCCAAGGAUAUUUUGGUCCACAGUGAAGAAAUUUGUGCUCUGCAUACAGUGGAAACUGACAUUUUUUCCUAGAAAACAAUGUCAGCAUGACUGCCCUGGUUAUGUUGGCUCACGUUCUUGUGGAAAUGUUUUUCAUCUGUAUUUUUGAUUGCAGUAUUCAGGGUAGUUUGAAAAACUAAUUUAGUUCAUCCAUUAAAAUAUACCUUUAUCUUCAUUUUUUGUUGUUGCCUAAAACACCACUGUUGGCAAUAACCAUGAAAUUUUGUACGCAAUUGCUUUCCAAAUGAGCACGCAUUGCAAAAUUGCUGUGUAAGCUGAUAUGCAUGUUCGAUUUUGAGCAGGCAAAUGUGGUUUAACAGAAAAAACGGCGAAUGCUGUUUAUAGUUUCUGGAAAUUAGUCUCUGUUUUGGUGGUUUAUGUAAUGGUAUGUUUUGGUAUGAAAAGGUACGGAAUAUUUUACUGAUAACAAUUGUGUCAGUAAUGGGGGAAAUUGUAAACCAAAAACCAUAUCAGUUUUGGUUAUUGAUUCACUUACAGCUAUCUUAGUUGUUUUUUUAUUUGUUUUUUAACCAAAGUGACUUACAAAAAAAGUGCACAUCAUGUAUUGUGACUGUUGCUUCCAUAAUUCAAGAGCUGGAGCUUUAAGCAUCAAAAGCCACACUAAAAAUAACUGAAAUACUACAUUAACAUUUCAGACUUAUUCUUGUCUUUGGAUGAUAAGCUACAUAAAGCUACAUUUCUUAUUUCAUACAUACUACCAGUGUUACAGAUCAAUUCAGUUUAAUUAGUAUUCUGAGAAAGAACAAGACAUUUAAAUGAGCUAAGAAUAAAUCACUUUUUGAUUCAUUUGAUUUAACACAAAUUUUUUUUAGAUACAUUUCUGGUUUCAACACAAGACAAGACACUGUGUUUCACAAAGACUGAAAAAAAAGUUAUUUUAACCCUUUGUAACAAAUCCAAAUGUACAUGAAAUUCUCAUUGGGGUUGUUCUGGCUUGUUUUAAGUCACUGCUUUUACACAAAUUAAAAUUUUUGAAUUAUUCCGGUCAUUUCGAAAGUCACUUAAUAAUCUUUUAUCUAGUUUCAAGGCUCUGCAAGUAGAACAAAGUCUGACAGUUUUCAGAAGGUAGGAUGUGAUUAAUAGAACGUUUCCUACAGUUUCCAUGUGCUAUAUUCAAUGUUUAUGCUGUUUAAAGAAUAUUAAACAAUUAAAUGUUGUGUGAAUGUUACAUUUGUUGGUGCAUAUUAAAUAAAAGAUUGUUUCUAAAAUCAGCAAA